CUUUCCGAUUAAUUCAGCCAAUCAUAUUCCGCUCACUGACUGUAUCAGCCUUUACCGAAGACGUGUUUGAAUCAUCCCCGCGCGACGUGUUCAGAGCUGACCCAUGAGUUCAGAUAUCCCGAGAAAGCAGACAACACUAGCCUAGCUCCUGGCUUGGCUUGCCUGGCCGCCUCCCUCAAUGGAGGGUCUGUAUCAUGGAGGCGCAGUCGCAGUGAUUUCAGAUCAAGAGCACUUCAGUGAGCUGGUGGCUGCCCAUCCCAAUCUCAGCUGGUCAAGUGCUUGUGAACAGCUGCGCGGCAGUCAGGGCAUUCUGAUCAAUGUAGACGAGACUGAUGGCACUGUGAAAUUGGAUUCGCUGGUUCAACGAGAGGGCCAAGUCGUGACUAUUGAGGCCGUGCAGUGGCUUCCUUUCGCAGCAGUGGUGCCAAUUGGGAAUGCUGAAAAGCUCGAAGCCGCUUUUGAAGAAGCGAGGAAGGCGAGGGAGGCGGCGAAAGCCAAGUCACGAGGGGCUGCUGACAGCUCUGCAGCCCAUGUCUCCACCGAGAGCUUCGAGGUCCCACAAGCAGAUCGGGACUGGAUGGCAGCUGGUCGAAGCUUUCCGUUUGAGUUGAUCGUGACCACCAUGACCGGCAACGAAGCGCGAGUGCAAGUGACUUCCUUGGCCGAACGCCUGGAAGCGGUCAGGGAGAAAGUGGCCCGGAAGUUUGGAAAGGUGGCAGGAAACGUGAAGUUGACCCAUAAUGGCUGUGUGCUCCCACAUUUUGGGAAGCUGGAGAAGCUGGCAGACGAAUUGGCCGUGGACCCAAGCCUUCAGGUGGUCUUUGUGAAGCGGCAGAUGAAUCCUCAGGUGGUCAAGCGGCUCAGAAAGGAGCAACGAGACUUCGACCUUGCUGGAUGGAACUUCGAUUUGGCGCCGGUGGAGGAUGAAGACAUCGAACCCCUCAGCGACACCUGGUCCGCCACGUUUCAGGGCCCCAUGGGCACACCCUAUGAGAACGGCUUGUUCCGCCUGAAGAUCCGGAUUCCGGAGGAUUAUCCCUUUAGGCCUCCGAGGAUCAACUUCGAGACCAAGGUUUGGUGCCCUCACGUCAACCCGAGACAUGGCUCCAUCGAAUUGGAUUUGUUGAGCGACCACUGGUCUCCGGCACUGUCCUUGGCCAAGGUGAUUGCUAGCAUCAUUGGCCUCCUCGAGGCUCCAUCCGAUGGUGGCUGCGAAAAUUCGGAUGCUAUGAUGCAACUGCGAGAGUCAUGGGAUGCAUUCAAUCAGAAGGCGCGGGAAUGGACCAGGAUGUAUGCUUCGUGAAAGCCGGUUUGGGCUUCAUUUCAUCCUGGAACCCAUUGAUAAGGCUGAAAAUUCGUACCAGAACGCUGCUGGGAUGGCAGUUUGCCUCCCAGCUGCCUUGCAGCUUCUUUGUACAGGUUCAAGCUGCGACUUCGGAGCUGCCACAACACUUUGAGAAUGCUGAUCGGUGAAAGAGGAUAUUUAUGCAAGGGAGAGAGCGAGGGAGGAAGAGAGUGAGGCUUGCCCUGUGGACAUUGGCCAGACUUCCAACACCUCAUGACUAUGGAGAGGGUUCACCAUCACCUUCAUCCUGCUGCUUUGUUUGCCUCCCUUUGCUGAAGCAUCACGGAAGGACAUGAAG